AUGGUGGAGAUGCUUGGUCCUCUUCCUGCUCGCCCACCCACACCUCCAAGGCCUGGUUCACGCAUUGAUCAGGACGAAAUCGAUACCCCAUCCAAAAAUAUUGCAGAAACACCACAAACCGCGAAUUCCUCCCGAGCUCCUCCAUCCAGCCGCGCCUCCAAACGAGUGACCUGGUCACCAUGGCUUCAUACCACAAUUGACCUCCCGUCAGGUCCAGACACAAACUUCAGGCCCAAGGAUAGCCCGUUCAAGCCAAAAGAGCCUAAUUCUCGGGACAGUCCAUACAAGUCUAUUCUGAAAGAAUCGAAUUCUCCAAUACCCGUUUGGUCGCCGAAAUUUGAUUUGUUCACGUCUGAUUCUUUCGCCAUGCUCCUCGAAUCCGUCAUCCAGCAAUUGGCGGGAGAGUCCAUCACUUCUCGCCUCGAUGCAUAUAUGCAAUUUUUCAAUGCACUUCGGACGUAUGAUUCGUUACCGACAGCGAAGGACAUUGCCGGUAAACUGAGUCUGAUUACCGACUUCAUACAACGUGACGUGAGCCGCGAUUUGAUCAAUGGUGCGCCGCUGGAUAUCAAUCUUGCCAACCAGGCUUUAAAGUUGUCCGCUGCGUUGGUCUGGCACUCAGGUGUAUCGCCCAUGCUGCCGGAAGAAUUCAAGGUAUUCCUUGUGGAGCACUCCACCACUUGCCUGCAAGACGGCAAGGUACCAAAGUCGGUUUUGACACACUACAUGUCCAUUCUUUCAGCGCAGAAUUUCGGCCCCCGAGUUAUGACCAAUGCUCGUGUCAUACGGUUACUCACAGCACUGGAAGAAAUCAGCAAUCAUGUCAGCGGUAAAGCGAUCGCUCUGCACCGUUUGACGAUAUACCAACGCCUCCUCAGUCAAUCGAAAACAACCUUCGUCUCUCGUUCUUCACUGUGGACAGAGAAUUUGGUGUAUGGCCUCCUUCAUCCCAUGAAAGACAACAGAUCAAAAGCAAUUUCCCUUGGCUUUCAGGUAGCCUCCGCGGCCGGUCCAAAUCAAGCGCUCUCCAAGAAUCUUCGAGAACUUUUUGACCGACCACUGGAAAAAGAUCGAAAGCUCGUGAACGAGGUUCGAGAACGCAUGUCUCGAAUGAUGGCCUCUACCGAGACAGGUAUCCAUGUUCCUCAGAUUUGGAGUAUUAUCGUGCUCCUUAUGCGAAGCAAGGGUUCGAAUUUGGAACAGUGGGAGCAUUUCAAAGAAUGGGUUCUUGUUCUUCAAAAAUGCUUCAAUUGCAGUGAGCCUUCCAUUAAAGCUCAGGCUAUCUUGGGUUGGAAUCGAUUUGUUUUCGCCGUCAGCCCAAACGAAAAAACCAGUCCAUCUUUGGUCAAGAUGCUAGGCAAACCGAUUUUCUCCCAAUUCGAACGGAGAAAGUCUGAUAAAUCAGGGCCAGCACCUACUCAACUUGCCCUGAGCAGCUACUACAAUUUAAUCUAUUACGCCUUCCGCCCCUCACUUCCCCCUACUCAUCUCGACAUCAUUUGGGAGGAAUAUAUUGCUGUUCCGUCCGCGUCGAUCUUUUCAUCCGUUUCACACUUGAGUGACAGUGAAGCUCGUGUGUUAGCAGCCCUGUUAUGGAGUCCACAGGCCAAAAUUUGGACAGAAAAUCGCAUCAAUGAUCCAAAUAAGAUCGAAGCGGAAGAACUUCCCUCAAUUGAUUCAAAAUGGGUACGUUCAAGAGUCUCGGCAAUCUUGAGGGUAUUUGAGUCUCUGUUCAAGGCGUCCGUCUGGGAUGACAAUGAGCUUGAGAUAUCAAACAUUGCUCGAGCUUGGAGCAAUCUUUCAAGUGCGCUGUCUUUAGCCUCUAGUAAGGAGAUAACCCCUUCUACGGAGUCAAUGCAAGCUGUUGCCGGUGUUCUUGGACUAUUCAAUCGCCUCUGGAAUGCCGGCCUGGCUUCAUUGAAUGCCUCAGGGGAUGGAGAGGGAAACGCUUUCUUCGAACGGUUCCAAUUCUUGUCAACAACGAUGAUCUCCUCACUCGGAAGUAUUCCAUUCACAGAAAGACUCUUGCUGAAGACUUCGGAUGGAACUUUCCAAACAUCUAAUACCCCUACCCAUCGCCAAUCUAAUUCUGGCACAAAUCUCAACAGUCCUAUUCUCUAUCUUCUGCAAACAAUUAGCGCCAAUUCGGUGUCAGCAACGCCGACUUUAGCUUAUGUCCGUCUGGUUGAAGGAAUAAUCCAAGCUUCAUGCAAAGGAAGAAUAUCCCGUGGAUCUCGCCUCGAACUCCUGCAGCAGUGCGCUGAUUUGAGCACUGCAGAAUCGACAUGUGAUUCUCGCCCGUCUCUACUAUCAGAGGCGGUCUGGAAGGCUAGUGCUCGAGCGGCUGCUGAUGCCUUACAAUCGUUCCCUUCGGAGUCUGCUCGAGAGCGCGACGGUUCUGUCUCCCGCGACUAUGAGAAUGUCAACAAAAUCCUCGUUUCGGGGCUAAGACUUCACAAUGUAUUCCAAGAAUGGUCGCAUUUGCUCGGAUCGUUUAUGCGAGUAGCCAGAACAGAGAAAGGAGAUCAAGGACUGCCUGCUCUUAUUAUAGAGCCCCUGGCCGGAUGUCUGAUGAAUCUUUCAGUUCAUGACACCUAUCUGCCCUCGGCGUCUCUGCUGAGCCAGUCUUUGUCGAUACCUUUUCUCCAGGGCAACAGCGUAGGAAAUGGUCACACAGUCGCUCAGCAGCCGAGCCCCCCGCCAUUUCCCUACAAACUCACAGAAUCAAUUGGAAGAACACUGAACAUGGCAUACGACGGCUUCAGUGUCUCAGAGUCUCAGGGUCUCGCAGGGUUUAUCGAAUCAUUAACGUCUUUUCUGGGCUCUGGUGCACCCCAUUUCCGCUCACAGCUUCUUGAAACGUUGCAAGCUUCUUUGAAGCCUUGGAUCAAGGAUGGUGCAUCUAAAUUUGAUUUCAAGAAUGGUGUGGAUAGUCGUAUUUUAACUGCAUGUCGAGCUCUUACAUUCGCUGUUCUCAAUGUCCUGCAGACAUGCGUUCGUGACGAUUUAACUUCCCUUAAAAGAUUCGAUGUGGUUAUCUGCGCUGGCUUGGAGUCUCCACACGCGUCACGGGCCAAGAAAUUUGUUGAUUUCUGGUAUUCGACGGCCUCCAAAGCAGAUGAAGCCUCUUCAAAGACUUCUAUUGGGGCGUCUGUUGCAACAGCUUUGGAUAAUCUCAAAGCAAUCGCGCAGUUCAAAGAGCAUAAUAAGAACACAAUUGUCUCAUCUUCGGUUGCACAGAGACCCACAGCUUUAAACCAUGACCCCCAAGCAUUUCUCUAUCCUAAUUCAUCGCCUGUGAUCGGAGUGAAUGAGCAACCAUCUCGUGAGACGUCGGAGUCAACAGAGCCGCAGUUGCCAGUCAACUUUCGGUCCCAUCUGAACGAGGAUUCCACAAUACUACCCUACCCGGGAAAUCGACGGGAUGUCUUCCGAAUGAUUGAAGCCAUUCGUUCUUCAUCUCCUGCGAAUACUCCUGGUGGUCUGGGUUUUGACACGCCUGUGCAUCUGCGUAGACAGCACGGCUCGCAAUCAGCUUUUGCAUUUCCACUGACCCCAACUCUCGCCCCGGCGGAGAAUGAAGAUGGUUUCAUUGGGUCAUCCCCUACUCCCGCCACCCGGGACCCAACUCCUGCGCUGCACUCCGAUGCGCCAGUCUUGCGAGCGCAGGACAUUGCGAUGAAUGAUGCAUCUGACCUCCCUUCAUCACCACCAGAAAUCACUUCUCGCAGUCCAAGUCCCAGGAAACAAACAAGAAAGGCACGGCGAAGGUCCUCUGCAAGGGCAAAGAAAGCGAAGGCUCGCGAAGCCGCCGCUGCUGCCGCUUCUGCGGAUCAAAGCGCAGUCAGCAGCCCUGCGGUUUCUGCCAUGGAAGUUAGGCAAGAUACUAUCGACGUUCCUGAACAGCCUAAAGAAAACACUUCUGUCUCUCAGGUGGAUGAAAGACCGCCAAGCCGACGUACUCGGUCUGCCUUGAGCCAGAGUACAGAAAAUGACCAAAACUGGACACCAGUCCCGGCAUUUGGAACCCCUGCUAAACCGAUCGAGGCACCCACUGGCCAGAGCUCCAAAGCAAAGUCGGCAUCCCGGAAAAAAUCCAGCGAGGUCAUUGAAAAGACAGUGGAUGGCGAGGACAGCUCAAAAGAUCAAUUCGAGGAGCUGCCCGAUGCUCUACCCACUCAGGUCGUGAACGAGUAUAUCGAUUCGGGCGAUGAUUUGGACGUCCAGAUUGCUUCCCAGCUUUCACAGGACUUGGGAUUGGCCGUGGAUCAAGGUGGUCAGCAUGAAGCGCGAUCUGCAGAACCUACGACAUCUGCUGCCCCGCAAAGCUCUAAGAAGAGAAAGCGUACUGAGGACAGUGGCACCCCGAUGACCGCAAAUGAAAGGCGUCGGUCAACCAGACUAUCCACAACCAAAGAGGUGGCUCCCAUCGAUCUGGAUGACCCUGACGCUACACAAUCACAGGAGGUUGACAUUGAUUCGACUAAUCAAGCCUCCUUCCCGGCCAAACCAGCUGUACCUACGCCACGCCGAUCAACUCGAAGCUCUCAACACAAGAAUGAAUCUGUCACAUCGGAAUCGCUCUCCCCGAUUGCGAUUCGCAGGGCUACACAAGAGCAAAAUGAACAUCUAGAAACUCCCCAGCCCCCACUGAAACGAACUCGCAAAUCUCUCCGUGGCGAGGAUAAGUCGAAUGCGGGUGUAGUGAGCCCAGCCCAGUCUCAAUCCUCUUAUAGUACCCGCUCUGGCAGGACACGUUCCUCGCAGAAUAAAAUUCAACAAGGCCCAUCAUUACUUGAAUCGACGGUGCCUGAUCCAUCAUCGAAUCAACCUGACAUUAUCCGUGCUGAAGACCUUGCCCAGGCCAUUAAUCCCACUCCGGAGGUCGAUGUCAACCUCGAUGUUCCCCUUGUCUCCACAGAGGAAGCAACCACUUCCCCAGGGACAGAAUCUGGUCCAUUACCAGUAUCUAUUUCGCAAGACACUGAUUCUCACAUGAAUGUGGAUACAGUGGUGUCUUCUGACCAGAUUCCAGCCCCCACAUUUACUCAUGUCGCUGCCAUGGCUACGACAGGUAUCCAAACCGAACCCAUUCCCACUCCUGAGCCCGAAACAACCGAGGCAGGAAUCACCAAUACGCUCAAGAAACUUCUGGAAAAUAUGAAAAACGCCAACUUGGGCUUGAAUGCUCUUCGUGAGGUUGAUGACCUCCUGUUCAACAUUCGUGUCGAAGCACAUGACGCAUCACGGCGACACAAUCAUAUCGCAUAG